AUGGCAAAUACAAGCAAUUGGGCUUCUCUUAUUCCUCGCUUCAACGGAGACAAUUAUGAUUAUUGGAGCAACAAUGUAAAGGUGCUACUCAAAUCAAUGAAGUUAUGGAAUGUUGUUGAAGAGGGUUUUGAUGAACCCGAAAAUGAAGAUGAUUUAACUCAAGCACAAAAGAAUGUUUUGAAUGAAAAGCGAGAAGAGGAUAGCAAGGCACUUUUCACAAUCUACCAAACAAUUGAAAUGCCGAUCUACGAAAGAAUUGCAAAAGCCACCAAAUCCAAGCAAGCUUGGGAGAUUAUACAAGCGGCAUACAAAGGUGAGGAAAAAGUGAAAAAGGUACGUCUUCAAACCUUAAGAUCAGAAUUUGAGAAGUUAGAAAUGAAGGAGAAUUCAUCUAUUUCCAAGUAUUUUACAAAUGUUACAUCCAUAGUAAAUCAAAUGGCUUCUAAUGGAGAAAUUUUAGAAGAUGAAAGUGUGAUUGAAAAAAUUCUUCGCAGCUUGCCUAAAAAAUUUGAUUAUGCUGCUCAUGAAAUUCGGAUCAAUCAAAGAAAUCCUCCUCCUCCUCCUCUUAACCAAGCUCUUACAUCUCAAGUUUCAAUUACGGGAGGCCGUGGUUACAACCAUGGUCGAGGCCUUGGAAGGAGUGAAAAUUUCCGAGGAAGAGGUUCUAAUUUUCGUGGAAGAGGAAGAGCUUUUUCAAAAAAUGAAAUUUUUUCAAAAGAAUAUGAGAAAAAUCAACACACAAAUUUUUCACAAAGAGGAAGAGGAUGUGGUUUUUACCAAGGAAGAAAAGGCUAUGUUGAAUGUUUUCAUUGCCAUAAACCUGGUCACAAAAUUAGUGAAUGUUGGGACAAACAAGCUGAAAAAAAUGAGACUAGUUUUAUGCAUGAAAACAAGUCUGAUUUCCAUGAAAAUGACUCUCAUAAAACUUUGUUGAUUGCAUGUCAUGGUGAUAAUACUGAUGAUGUAUGUUACUUGGAUAGUGGUGCUAGCAAGCACAUGACCGGCAACAAAAAUCUGUUUUCAAAUUUGGUUGAAGGGGAUCAUGGCCAAGUAACAAUUGGAGAUGCCAGAGCUUACAAAAUUCAAGGCAUUGGAGAAGUUUCAUUCAAAACAAAUUCCAGCAAAAUUGAGAAAAUGUCGGAAGUUUAUUAUGUGCCCGGCUUGAAAGGUAAUUUACUUAGCACCGGUCAUCUUUUGCGGAAAGGAUAUGAUAUUCAUUUUCAUGAUAAUGCAUGCAUCAUGACAAAAAACAAUCAGCUUGUUGCUAAAAUUGGGAUGGCAGCUAACAAUCUUUUUCCUUUCAAGCUCCAAAUUGCUAAUAUUUCUUGUUUCACUAGUGUUGACAAAUAA